UGAUUGAACAAACCUAAUAUUAGUAUUGUUUAACAUCUGUACUUAAACUUGUGUAACAAAAGAACUUGCUAGAUCGGAUUGAAUUUAAAUUUAUAGGGAGUGACAGUUUAUCUACAAAAUAUAAUUUAGUUUUAAAAAAAAAUUUAAAGUAUUAAGUAUAAAAAACACGCUGCAUAACAAAUCCAAACAAAAUGGGUAUCAUCUGAAAACGAAAAUUCAGAAUUACACAAACACAAAAAACCAGCUAUGAACUCGAUUAUUCGAUUAUACAGGCACAUAUAAAUCUAUAUUUUUGACUCGAUCUUGUAAAUAUUUAAAAGAAAAAGAACGCACCAAGAACAUUUUAUUUUCUGAACUCGCCUAUUCCUUUUUUUCAAAUUUGAUUUUGAUUUGGAUUUAAAUUUUUGACAGAUUGCAGAUUCCAUUUCAAUUUUUAGUUCGUUGAUACAAAAUAUUUGUGUGUUCUGUUAUUUAAAUUUAAAUUUUAGUUACAAACAGGAUAUUCAUUAGACGAAAUGUUUCAAUCAGAAAAUGACGACCUGAUUCCUCGGUGUGCUCCAAAACCAAUAGCAUCGGAUGUGAAAGCAACUGAAUGUCGUCCUUCUGUCCCAGAAAUCUCAAUUGUUUUUAGCCAAAAACCAUCUGAGAACCUGUCAUGUUCUCCCUCGAAUAUAAUUACGUCUUAUUCAGUUUGGAAAAAUAAAUGCAUACCCAGUGAUCCAUACCCACAAGAUGCCGUUUCCUUGUACAAUGAACUGUCUUUAACUUCCAAAAGAUCUAAUGUGUAUCCUUUAAGAACCGGUGAAUCAGCUACUUCUUCGAUUAAUAAUACUAUGGAAUAUGUUCCUUUAAAUAAACCGCAGUAUUUAGAUAGAGCGGGUAAAAAUAAAAUAUCUUCAAACUUUAUACCGAGGUGCGUUUUGGAUAAUUCCAAACAGAAGCAAUAUCAAGCAUCAUCAUUAAAACCUCUUGAAGAAAAUAGCCCUUUAGUUUCAGUUGGUACGCAGACCGACGUCUUUUUGAUUGAUGAUAACCUAUGUGAUAAAAAAACUUUAGCUACAAAGGAGGAUAUUGCAGAAAUAAAGUCUUUGAUACUAAAAAUGGAAACUGAGCAACGGCAUCUUCUAGAAACAUUACAAAAUUUAGUAAAAGAAAAACUUUAUUCCGAAAAAAAUAAACCCAAAUCAAGAGAUAUCGGAGUUCAAAAUGUACUGUUUAAUGAAGGAAUUUCGACAGAAGAGCCAUUAAAUAUACAAAACAACUUAAAAGAGAGAGCUUUGACUGAUUAUCAAUUAUCAAAAGUGCAAAUAGCUUGUACAGAUGAAAUACCUGAAAUUACAAAAACUGCAACAGACCGAAGUAUAGUUAUGAAUGAACUUGCUGAAAAAUACCUUCCUAUUGCAAAACUUACUGAUAUGCUAGAAGAGUUUCCUAAAGGAAAAAAAGUGAAAAACUUAUGUGAAUUGCCUUCAAAAACUACAGACAACUUAGACAAAAAUGCAACGGACUUAUCAACAGCCUCUUAUAAAUACUUGCGAAAAUACCGGCUAAUUCCUGAGGAGAAUAAUAACUUGUCUAAAAACAAUGAUUUCCAUAGAUUGAAAUCCGACAAUAAACUGGAAAAUUUAUUAGAUUUAGAAAUAAUUCGUUGUAAACCUAAGUUCAUUUAGAAAAAGAAAUAUUAAUACACCCCUUUUUUAUAACAA